UUGAGUUUAAUUUUGUUUCUUUCAAUUAACUAACUUACAUUUUCUUGCUAUUCAUCAAAUUAACUAAUUUCUAUUAAAAAUUGUUAUUUUACACCAUCGUUGUUUAGAUUGUUAAUUGUUGAUUAACUAUACGAAUCAUGUUUUCUACUGGUAGUCAAAGAAAAUGUUGGAUGUUGAAAAAUGAGAAAGAGUUAACUACUUUGAGAGAAGAAGCUAAUUCCCGAUUUAUUAACAAUUUUAAAUCUAAUUAUUCGCGGAAACAAGAGUUGUCCCGAGAACAUUUCUUGUCACCAAGUGAAGAAAGGAUUUUGCUUAGACAUUAUGAGUCAAUUGUUAGAGAUUUUUGUCGAAAAUUUCAACCUUCAAUGCCAAAGACAGUUGUAGGGACAGCUUUCCAGUUCUAUAAAAGAUUCUAUCUGAAUAAUUCUGUCAUGGAUUAUCAUCCGAAACACAUGGUGGUCACUUGUGUCUAUUUGGCCUGUAAGGUGGAAGAGUUUAAUGUUAGCAUGGAUCAAUUUGUCGCCAAUGUAAAAGGUGAUCGAGCCAAAGCCGCAGAUAUUGUUCUUAACAAUGAAUUACUUUUAAUGUCACAAUUAAAAUAUCAUUUAACUGUUCACAAUCCAUACCGUCCAAUUGAAGGAUUUCUCAUUGAUAUUAAGGCUCGAUUCAUGAAUCCUGCCGAUGUUGAGAAACUCAGAGGUCCAAUUGAUACUUUCAUUGAGAGUGUUUUCUUUACCGAUGCAUGUUUAUUAUUCAGUCCAUCUCAAAUUGCCUUAGCCAGUGUUAUCGAUGCUGCAAUUAAAUGUAGAAUCAACUUGGAAAGUUAUCUAAUUGAUCUACUUUUCGCUGAUACUCCAGAAAAAUUGGACUCAUUUUACGAAAUGAGAACAUCUUUAAAAUUAAUGAUUGAUAAUAUUGAGCAAGUUUCCAGGAAUCAAGUGAAAAUGAUUGAACAAAAAUUGGAAUCAUGUAGAAAUCAGACCAAUAAUCCUGAUAGUAAAGAAUAUAAAAGAGCAAUUGAAGAAGCCAUGGAAAAUGAAGAAGCUGAACCAAUCAUGAAAUACGCCAAGAUCAGUGAGGAACAACGGAAACAUGAUGAUUCCUAUUUAAAUCCAAGUUCAUCAUCAAGUAGAUCAUACAAAUGAUUUUUCUAAUUGUUUGACAACAAACGAAUAUGUUGACCAUCAUAUUGGACUAAUGAUUAACCACCAAGGAAGAAACUUUUCAUUUCUUCUCAACUAAAAACAAGCAAAAACUGGAAAUUCUCAUCUAAUUAUCGUUAAAUUACCAACUCUGAUCAUCAACAAUUAUCGAUUGCCAAUAUUUUGUUUUCUCGUGUUAAAAUUGAAUCAAAAGAGAAUCAACAAUCAGCGAUAAAUCUCUCGAUUAACAAUUAACAUUACCCAAAGUGUUGAUAAUUAAUGUUAACCUAAUUUUCACCAGAUAAAUGUAAAUCCUAAUUGACAUUUAUUCAAACCUCAAACCUCAAAAAGCAAACAAUUAACUUUCCAAUCAAUUGAAUUGAAUUUGAAAAAACAACAACAACAAAUGCUUUAAACUCUUGAAGUCAAUUGUUGAUUGUCUUGAUACUCACAAAGCUAAUUGUUGAUUAUUUUAUAUUAUUUUUUGACAGAAAAAAAUAACACCAAAUAACAAUAAUUAAAUUGUAAUUGAAACAAAAAACUCUCUACUUUGUUAAUUGGAAAGAAAAUUGUUCCAAUUAAAUUAAAGUGAUGGCGCUUAAAGCAUAAGAA